CGAAGUUCUUUUUCUGCGACCUGGAUCAGCAUCAAGCUGCGGAGUUCUGCGCUAACGUAUUGGCGGCAUGGAAAUUCGCAACGUUUACGCUGCCUUACAUCCGUAAAUUGGAGAAGCGUAUCGAUCAAUUCGACCAAUACGGCGAUCUGGAAACGCUUUACCUUCGAACUCAAAGAAUGCUCAAGGAAUCGAGGGUACAGAUUAACAACCCUUCUCUCGUCCAACCCAAGCCAACCGAAGUCAUUUCACUUCUUCACUCGCAAGUACUUAAUGGGCCAUUUCACUUCUUCACUCGCAAAUACUUCCUUUUCCAAUCCAAACUUCUCAGUCAGGAAUGAACGAAGAAGGCGAGAAACAUGGCGACACGGCGACUCAACCACAUCAUGCUGGACUUGCUCGCGAUCAACAAUCACUUACAUCUGGGUUACAAUAUUAUAACUAUAUUCCUUAUCCCUAAAGUUCAAGUUGGAAUAAUACUUGGCGAAUACUUAGACUUAGCCCUACAACUUAUGCCCCCUUAAUAUAGUGUCUUGAAGAAAUUUAACCCCACUUAUUUGCGCUCCGAUGGGAGGCACUCAUUUACUGGAUGACCUCACAGGUAGACAUGAACAGCUACAAACGAGGUUCCAUGACAUGACAUGACUUAUAUUUCCUCGUGGUUAUGUCUUGAAAUACUUGCCAAAUACUUGGCGAAUACUUAGACUUAGGGCUACAACUUAUGUCCCCUUAAUAUAGUGUCUUGAAGAAAUUUAACCCCACUUAUUUGCGCUCCGAUGGGAGGUACUCAUUUACUGGAUGACCUCACAGGUAGACAUGAACAGCUACAAACGAGGUUCCAUGACAUGACAUGACUUAUAUUUCCUCGUGGUUAUGUCUUGAAAUACUUGCCAAAUACUUGGCGAAUACUUAGACUUAGGGCUACAACUUAUGUCCCCUUAAUAUAGUGUCUUGAAGAAAUUUAACCCCACUUAUUUGCGCUCCGAUGGGAGGUACUCAUUUACUGGAUGACCUCACAGGUAGACAUGAACAGCUACAAACGAGGUUCCAUGACAUGACAUGACUUAUAUUUCCUCGUGGUUAUGUCUUGAAAUACUUGCCAAAUACUUGGCGAAUACUUAGACUUAGGGCUACAACUUAUGUCCCCUUAAUAUAGUGUCUUGAAGAAAUUUAACCCCACUUAUUUGCGCUCCGAUGGGAGGUACUCAUUUACUGGAUGACCUCACAGGUAGACAUGAACAGCUACAAACGAGGUUCCAUGACAUGACAUGACUUAUAUUUCCUCGUGGUUAUGUCUUGAAAUACUUGCCAAAUACUUGGCGAAUACUUAGACUUAGGGCUACAACUUAUGUCCCCUUAAUAAUAGCAAUUAGAGACGCAAGGCGAGCGCAUGAAGGCUGCUUAGCGACUUGUCUUUCUUCCCCCUCCAUUGCUGGAAUGUGAUUGGGAAUGCCAUAUGGAUGUAUGGGUGUUGACUUCGCUCAUGGGAGUUGACUCUACGGUGAUCAAGCUGCCAUUUUGUCUCUACGGUGAUCAAGAAUGGUCAUAACAGGGACAUACACAAAAAAAAAACUACAGGGCCACUGCCUGGAAUUGCAAUUAGAGACGCAAGGCGAGCGCAUGAGUUCCGACAUUCUACUGUCACGGUGUCGUGCUACCCGUCUUGCGCUACGUUUCCAAAUCGCGCAGAUGCGCAAAUAUAGACUGCGAUUCUGGGCACUUGACUCCUUACAUAAGCGCUAUCGGGAACACAGCGAAAACGCAAAAAGACACCUGGCGCAGAAAUUUGCAGCACGGUUUCAAGAGCUAGAGGCUUGGCGAGAUGAGGCGCUAAAACGAGACGCGUUUGGCAACGUUUUCAUGCUGGAGAUUAUGACUGGUGUUUAGCUUAGAGAUUAUGACUCGUGUUUAUGUUGGAUAUUGUGACUCUUCACUAUAUCGCGACAUAGAUGGAUCAUAUACCCAUUCGGGACGCUCUGGAACGGAAUGGAGCGACAAAUGGAGCAACCUUUAGGUGUACCUUUUAUCCCUUCAUACCUGCUUUUCGCGGUAUGCGUCACAAAUACGAGCUAGCCCGAGCCCGAGGCAACAAGCAGACGGAGAUGCUGCUUGAGUUAGGGCUACCGCUACAGCAUCCCCAGCAUCGUCCCUGGCUCUUUUGUUUUUCUACUUGAAAAAAAAGCCAAGCACUCAAGGACUACGCUCUCAGGGAUGAUGGGAACGCGGUAGCCCUAAUCGAGAGCGAAAAGAAAAUUGCCAAUCUGACUCGCGAAUUGGAGAAAUUGACCAAAGAUCGUGACGGACUAAUCCAGGUUCGAGACGCCCUGCUUGCAGACAAAAACCAACUACAUUAUGAAAAGUGUCUGGGUGAAAAAUAUUGUUGUUGCUUUCAAUGGAAAAGACGUGGAUGUACUAGUCAGAAGUACUUGUUCUGAAAUUCAUAGUAGAAGGACUUUCUUGAUGUUCAGAGAGAUUGAUUGAUCCGCAAACGUAUUGUGUUUCAUGAAGUCAGAAUGGUCUUCAUCGUCUCGAAAUUUCGAUUCCCAAAACUUCGCUGUUCUAAGGACCAACCGAGGCCGUUCCGAUGCUGCAGGAAGAAACCCUCAUUUGGCGUGGCAGGUUGUACCAGACGAGACAAGUGCUCCAAUUAGCCGUUCUAAUGAACUGGUAUAAGUUAAGCCUUUCGGAAUUGCAUUCCCCACGAGCAUCCCUGGCUUUUUGUUUCUAGAAGAGAAUGAGAAGGGAAGGAAGAUGUUCUGAGGAAUGGACUGCCGUAACCUCUAAAUAAGCUGGUCGCUAUGCAUGAGAAGGACCGUACGAUUGCAUGGCAGCAGACGUUCAUCGCGGAACUCGAAGUGCUAAAAGUAAAGUAUGCGGAAGAACAGCGGAUAUGCCAGGAAUUGAGAGCGGAACUCGAAAUCAAAGAGGAGAAACUGGAACAGAUUUAUGCUGCACGCAUUCUGGAGUUCACGUAGUCCGAUAAAGUAAGUAACCGAGUUACUGACUGAAGUAAGGGGCGUAGCUUAACAUCAAGACUACUCUUCUUUCUCAUCAGUAUCUCGGUUAUUCUCGUCUGUUACUCGCUUAUUUCAGUUUUUCAAGUAAUUUGUUUACACUUAUAAUUUCGCACACUCAGGAGUUCUAUUCGAUCCAGGAGUUCAUCUAGUUGGACCGUUGAAGUAUAGUACCUAGUCGGACCGUUAAAGUAAAUAUAUGAGACUUAAAUGUUGUAUUAGGUGUCCCGGUACUCAAAUGCCUGAACAUUUACACUACUACGAUUAAGAUGACGCAAGAAUUGUUGAAGUUUUCGCAUCUAACAAUUGGCAGCUUUAGAAGCGGAGCGUGACGAAAUGGCAAAAGAGCUUAAAACGCUUCGUAGACACAACAAGGAGUUAAAGGUCACGUUAGAAAGUCGCGUUAUUACGGCCACCGCUAAAAAAGCAUCCAAGAGAGCGUCCUCCUGCAUCGUGAUCCUUCUCUCUUUUUCUAUUUAGUUGAAAAAGAAGCCUUUCUGAGGAAAUAUGUGUUUACGACAUUACCCAAGGGAGAAGGUGAAGGAGAUGCAAACGCGGUAGCUCUAACGUUACCAAACCUGUUCUCCCUGCACGCUUUUUGUGUAUGCGCUGCAGCAACGAAGUGUCUCAGCGAUCCUCGACAGACCACGAGGGAUCCUCUUCGCGAACAACGUCUCUAGUAAGGGAGACGCCGUCAACGUCUCUAGUGCAUUCUGCCAGUUUCAACAAGGUCUCUACUGGCCAACUGGUUGCACCAGAUCCUUUGUUCGUGCCGGGAUCUGGCAUUCUGCCCACUGGAGGAAGCAAGGCGUCGCGUGCGGCGCAGUUGACCGAGGCACCGAACGCAGACACCGCGCGGGACCUCUUGAGAGGAACGAACUUUUUACCACGCGUAGUGCUGCAACCCGGAACAUCUGCGAGAACUACGCGGAAACGUACUGACAAAGAUGAUUUCGAUCGCAUAUUUUUCAAGGAUCCUGCUGGGUAAGCGAAGCGUGAGGGGGGAUCAUUUGCAGGCGUCUGGCGUCACAUAUCAACUUCAAAGAUGAACUCAAGGCCAAUCAAUAGUCCUUCGGUUCAAGAUUCAAACAACGUCGCAGCUCAUCCUCACGCAACUUCGUGUUCGUUUGUCUAUCGGAACGUCAUAGAACGUCGCAUCUUCGUCGACACCACAGACAACGUCGCAGCAACGUCUUCGGAGACGCAAUGGAACUAGGAUGAGGACAGUACUGCGCCUUACUCGCGUCGUCGUCGCGCAUCGUUGCUCUCGCAGGUGAUGGUUUCGUGAUCGCCUACCUAAAUCGCUUUCGUUAUAACUGAAAGACUCCGCGUCCAUCUUCCCGUUGCUCGCGCUUGCUCAUCCUCACGCAACUUCGUGUUCGUUUGUCUAUCGGAACGUCACAGAACGU